AGGUAGUUUUUUAAAAGCACUUGAGCUUGAUGAUACUGUAUGAAAUAAGGGAAUGAAGGCAGAAACCUUUGAAUUUUCCCCAUCCACAUUGGCCACACUGAGGCUGAAGGAUACACAUAUAACGUCCUGCAGGUUGCAAUAAAGUGGAUUGACAUUAUUUAUUUAUUUAGAUAAUUUUUUGGGCAAGAAACAGGGACAAAUGACCAUACAUUUAUAAAAAUUACAAAUUAUAAGAUUAAACCAACAAAUGGAGAUUGCACACACAGAAUCAUAUAAAUAUACCGGUAUACAGCAAAGACAAGAAACUUAAAUAAAACCUGUCUAAAAUGCAGGCCCCCAGGAAUGCCUUAAAAGCCAAAUUAAGGCUUAUCAAGAGGCUCUCUGACUGCAUCCCCACAAAUUUGCAAAAAACAAAUGAAACGAAAAAGACUUUACAAGAAAGGAUCAGAAACACCAUACAGGUGUAUUAUUAAAAUAGGUUAAAAAAGCCCAUUGAAGAUUUUUGCAAGUGCCUGUCCACGAAAUAGACCAUUCGAACAAUUCAAAAAAAAAAAACAGGUAAAAGAUAAAUCCCAGCCACGAAUAACCCAAACCCAUGCAGAAAAGCAAUAAAGCCAAGGAACCCCAUACCUGCUCCAGCAGCAACUGCAUGGUCCAUACAUAGAAUGACAACUAGUAUACAACCAUUCCCUAUAAACAGUCUAAAAUCGGCAUAAGCAUCGUUAUUAUCACAGCUAGGAUUCUUUACAUGCCCCCUUUUUUUGGUCAGUGUCAUUUGAUAUUGCAGAAAUGGAAAGCCUAUUGUGUGAAAUGUACAUGUAUCUAUUGUUGUGUGAUUGGUACUGUAAUUUCACCACAAUCAAAAAAAUGAGAAUAAGGAAGUAUGUUUGUGUUGCUUGUAAUGCAUGUGAAAUAGCUCCCAUGUACAUACAGGUAUGUACUGGCACAGCAUACUUAUUGCACAAUAGGUCUUAACUGAACCUUUGGACUUUUAUGUGUGUGAUACCCAAAUCAUGAAAUGAUUGCACAGAUAUCAGGGCAGUAGGUUAAGUUUGCAUUUUCUAGAGUUGCUGUAUUCACCAGCUUGUCAAGGAUAAUUGAAAUGAAAUAGCCUGCUUCUAAAUAUUUGGGGAUUCAUUUCUGUGUGAGGGUGAUUGCUGUACAUUGGUUUAUUUGGGAACGCAUUGUUGGGUUACCAGAGUCAACCCUGCAAUCCAGCAUUGAAUAGAACUGCAUAGAAUAGAGCACGUUCGUUGGACCAGUCUUCCAGAUCCGUGUCAAAUUAGAAUGAUGAAGUGGAACACAGCCCACAGCAUGUCAUGUUUAUCCCAUGUUGUGACUUGGCUCGGGUGUGGGUUUAUGUUAAUCAUUAACGGCUACAGAAGAUGUUGAGAGUUACAGCACUUGCUGAUUAGAGUUGUCAUCUUGGACUAUUGCUACUGGCUUGCCUAUAUCAUGUACUGCCAACCAGUCAGUAUAACCAUUUAGAUUUUGAGUAGUGUGGUUUGAGCCUUUGUCAUAGGACUUCACGUUGAGUGUGAUUCCCUUUGCUUGUUGCUUAGCAAGAGAGGAUGUUGGUAUCAGUGCUAACACCUGUUGGGCAGAAUUGCCAUUGAUCGGAGGAGGUUUGGUUCUUCAUCAUUUUGCGACACUCAAUUGUUCUGGCCACCUAGUUGCCACGGGGACCCUGUGUAUUAAGACGCACAGCUUGGCUAUUUCUGGAGCAAUGCUGAAAUACUGCACUGCACUGUACAUGUACACAUGCAUGUGGCAUAGUGAUAGUGCAGCUGGUUAUAAGGUGCAAAUUAUAUUCCUAGGAUGGUACUUGCUCCUGUCUGCGUGGAACAUGUCACCCUCAUGAGGGACUUCGCCAUUUCUUCGGAGCUGUUUAUCAGGAAAAUCACAGAGUAAUUUCACCUUCUGACACCUGAUGACAUGCCUGAAGUUGUUGGAGUUGGAAUUUAUGCACAUGUACACUUUCCUUGCUGAGUGAAUGUGCUGUGGGGACCGGGGAUUGAAUGUCAACAUGCUGUAAUUGUCAAUCAGCAUGGCAGAGUAACACUACAUCCAGUCAACCAAUCAGCAUGCGCUGUCAAUGGCAACGAUAUCCACCAACCAACUCCACUCAGCCAAGGUGCUGUUGUUCUUCUGGGGAAGACUAACAUGUUCCGCUUCAAUCAUCCUGCCGAAGCAGCCAGACUCAGGGAGAAACGAGCAUCAUCUAUCAAACCCGAGGAUGUUGAGGAAAUAAGACGUCCUCGGAAGAACAGCGUAACACUCCGAGUUCAUAAUAACCUCACUGCUAUCACAGAAGAAGGCACCAGAAUACGCAAGAUUUCUCUCAGUAGAGAGACUCCACCGACUGGCCUGGACAGUCCAGCCUCCUUGCCUCGAGGAAGAAGCUUGGAGAGCUCAUCAACCUCACCGGUUCCUGAAGUCUCGCAGAUCAUGAUGUAUAACCCAGGGGUUGAGUUGGAGAGACAGCAUAAGAUCAAAGUGGACAAAGUAGAAAGCACAAGGAAGAGGCUAGAGGAACUGCAGGACAAGGAACGGCGCACGCAUGCAGCUCACAAGAAGGAAGAGGAGAGGAUGAAGCUGGCUUAUGAGGAGCACCAGCAGAUGAUCAAAGAGCAGCGAGAGUUACUGCAGAGGCUGAGAGAGAAGCAUGAGAAAGUGAAAGAGGAGACGGAGAAGGAAUUGGAAGAGAUGAGAGAAUGUUUAACCAAGGAACAUGAGCAAGGCUGGAAGCAGUUGGAACAAGAAUGUCAGACCUUGAGGAGAGACGAAGUGGGGAAAGCUUCACUUCCUGCCAUGGAUGAUUCGUUUCCACUUGUCAUUGCAAAGGAGACCGAUCAGUCACCUGACCUAUCAGUGCUUGAUGUGGACCGCAAGAGGCUAGCCCAGAUGGAGCUGAUCCACAAACAGUCGCAGAGGAAGGCUGAAGCUGCCCUGGAGAGGAGACAGGCAGCCGUUGACAGGCAGCGCUCUCAGUCACUGAGACUCAUCGAGCAGGAAGAGAGGAGGCUGCAUGAGAUAGAGUGCAUUCCGUCGCUCAGCGACCGUUUCGCAAGUGCUUCCAAUGACUCCCUGGAUUCCUCCUUGAAAUCUGAAGAUGAGACCGGCAAUGGCAAUGAGACAAGAGCUGUGAUUGGAUGGGACAGAGUGAGCCCCAUCGGUGGGAGGAGUGACAGUGAUAGUGCUAGCGGAAAGGCCCCAUCAAACUCUUCAGAUAAGGAAGAAAAUGGGAUUGAUUCCAAAGUGACUAAAAAAGCAACUCCCCCAUCAAGUUCUGACAGAACAGGACCAAAGGAACCCUUACCCAACAGAACUACAAAACCCACUUCUGGUAAAGCUCAAUCCUCUCCCCGGAUGUCAUAUAAACCUCAGGGUGCUAUGUCCUCAGGGAAGCCUGGACCAACUUCAAACACUGUGUUUUCAAGGUUGUACCAGCAGCAAGCACCUAAAUUUGAGUAUUUACGCCGUAAACCUCAGAGAUUGUAUGUGGUCGAUCAAGGCCCCAAACGUAGGAAUGAUGAAGGUGCAGAACUUCGAGGAAGGCAAAGGUCUCUUACUGAUGGAGUAGCGGAUGUUAAGGCAAGAAGCAACAGGCUUGAUGGAAAUACUGCACAUUCCAUUUCUCAAAGAAGUAAAAACCAAGCAUAUGUAAUCCAUAAUGAGUCUGGAAGCUCAUUAAAACCUGGCUCCAAACUAAGGACAAAAAGUGCGAGUCCCAGACGUCUCCUAGAGAAGGGGCCUAAAAGUAGAAAUUCAAUAUCACCAGCUGAAAAGAAAAAAGAUGAUGGUGGGAAAGAGAGAACUAGAAGCCCUCCAAAAACGCAUACCCCUAAGAUAAUUGAUCACAACUCCCCUACUAAAUGUCCUCAUUUAAACACAAAGACUGAAAUCAAAUCAAAGGCGUCAGGUGAAAAGGCAUCACCUCCAAGACGGACCAAAACUCCAUCCUCUGAAAGUGCAAUAGAAAAGGCGAUGAAACGAAAACCCACCGAGAGACCAAAAAGUGCUUCCAAAAUCAGUCAAGAACCAACUGUCUCCAAAGAAAAAUCCCCACCCAAUUCAAAAGACAAGGCUAAGGCUAAUCUACCAAGAGUAAUUGAACCUAUUUCCAGGGCGUUUGAAAAGCUGACACUGAAAACAACUCACCACUCAGAAGCGUUUUUUGUUGCUCUUAAUGAAGACAAUGAAACCUCAUCUGGAGUUAACAAUAAAGAUCAGUCUCAACCCAGUGAUCUUGGUGAUACAGUUCUUGAGAAAGAGCAAGAAUCUCUUGACAGGCAGCCUGCUGUUGGAUGCUCUGACUCAAUGGAAGAUGUGGGCUCUGCACUUCAGCUACCCAAUCUAAGUUCUUCUUGUCAUCCCGAAUUCAGUGUAGCAAGUGAUACCAUGUUAGAUGACAGCUUCUCUAUAACUGUUGAGGAGAUUUUGUCAGAUUCCAACGAGUCUUAUCCUGAUUCGCUAGAGGAUGCGGAAGAGCAGGAGCCAUGCAAGGAAUGCCAUGAAGAUAGCCUGGAUGAUGGAGAUCAUCAUCUUGAAACGUCCACUAAAAUUGGUGCCCAGUUAUCAAGAAGACGAAAAAGAGGUGUAUUCAUGGAGCUUGAAGGCAGUCACCUCAUCACAUGUCCAAAGGAAGGGACAGUGAAUGACGUGAAAGAAGAUGCCAAUUUAGUUUUGCAGGACUCGCUUCAAGGUACUCCUGCAGAGGAAGCCAUGGUAUCCCCACCGCCAGUCCUUUUAAGAGAAAACAGAUCAUCUGAUGAACGACCUACCAGUGGGUACAUUUCUGAAAACAUGGAUAACCACACACACAACAGUGAUGCUAAUCCUCUGAAGCCAAAUGUUAGGGAACACGAACUUUUAGCACCAGUUGAAUUGCCUCAGGAUGCGGCAACUUUCAAUGAGGUGGAGGACAUCAAGGAGAUCAAGUCAAGACCCGAUGGAGAUAAAGCACCAAUACUCCCAAACGCAUCCCCGGACAUGACAGUUAUUGAUUCUGGUGUUUCAACAGAUAACAAUAGUAUUACAUCUGACCACACUGCUCCUGCUGUGGAAGCCAGUCUUAAUGACCUCCCAACAACUAAUGCAGCUGAUGGUUCUGAAAAGCCCGACACAAAUCCUGCCACUGUUAAAAAUGAAGCAGAUAACAUCCCACAACCACAACUCAAAACUGUCAUCGGAAACCUUGCAAGCAAUGAUGAUAUUUUCCAAGAGCCAUCACUCAUAUCUCUCGCAAAUGUUGAGUAUGCUCCUGUUGUUGCUAAAGUUAGUAUCUCCUCAGAUGGAGAUGAUGCAGAUUCAGAGGAAUGGAGAGGACCUGAAGAUUUGCAGAUUGUGGACAAAUCGGAUGAACAUGUGACUGUUGCAUCUAAGGAAGCGGUUGGUUUGAGCAUAGAGGAUGUGAAGUCUCCUUUGAAAACAGCAAAGCACAAACUUACUUCCCCUUCUCUGAUUGAAACUGAGUUUACCCCUGAGAGUUUGUUGUUGACUGAAUGUAGUACUAAAGUUGUAUGUGGUGAUUCUGUUGAAAGGAAGAGCCCCACAGAAAACAUGAGCAGAACAUUACCUGCAGAAUAUGCUGCAGAUGAACUCAGAAAGGCAGAGUUGUCUCUGCCUGGUGACAAAUGUGAAGAUGUGCCAGAAUGUAAGGAGAUCACCGCAUCACCAACUGUUACUGAUCUCUCAUCAGUGUCUCAGAAGUCCCAAGGGUUACCAAGAAAACCAGUCAAACAAAAGGACCACUCUUCAUUACCCUUACCACACAAAACGGGGAAAAAGCAUAAGAAGCGUCGCACACUCAUGAAGUCAAAAUCAAGCAAAAAAGCUACACAAGAUCGGGAGCAUUUUGUUUCAGAUGGCAGUCAUAAGAAAGCACAUCCAUUGCUUCCAUACCUUUCUUUGGGAGCAUCACAAGAUGAUGCAGGGGAUACAAGAAGCCAGUCAAGCCCCUUUUCCAGUUCCCUCUCAAACUCCAGCACUACUACAUUCUCCAGUGAGCUCAGCCGGUCAGAUUCUUUGCAGUCAAGAAGCCCCGAUGAUGAAGUUGCCCUAAUAAGUGACGGAGUGAGUGAUCCUCCUGACCUUUCAGACAAACCAGCAACACCAACAGAUUUCAUUGUCAAACCCCUACCGAGCCCCCAAACUCUGGCAGAGUCAGUCUUCUGGGCCUCCUCCAGUAGUGCCAGCAACUCAGGGGAUGAGAUUUUAGAGGGUGAUCCUGUGGAACCACUUGAGAUUUUAGAGAAUGAGCUUGAUCAGAGCUCUGAACUGAGCAUAAAUUAUGAUGAUGAUGGAUCUAGUGGUGAAGAGAUGGCAGAGUUAGGCGAUCUUACCAUCGUGGCAGACGAACAACUUGAUACUGUAGAGGGUAAUUCGAAAAGAGUCUUGACAACUUCAUCAAAUGAAAUACCUCCUGUUUCACUCUCAGAUAAGAGGCAUGAGAGGAAAGGAAAUAGUGAUGGACCAAAUGGUCUACUUGCUGUAAAAGUGUCCCAAGGAGACCCUUUCAUUACAUCUGAAGAAGAGAAAUGCCCUAGACCACACAAUCAACAUGAAGAAAAUGCUCUUCCAGACUCAACCUAUAACUCACAAAUUUUCUGUGAAACAGAAUCAUCAUCAUCCACAGUCAGCGACAGGCCAACCAGAUUCAUCAGCAAGCUACAUAUUGAACCAUUCCAAAUGUCAUAUUAUAAGAGAGAACCCGGAGAAAGCCAAAACCCAGUAUCUGAUGGAGUGCCUUUGUCUGAUAUUUCAGUACAUUUUGACGGUAUUCCAAUAGAAUCCAGUGUCCGUUUGGAGCCAUUUGUUGCAGCUGCAUCAGUUACUGCCUCAACAGAAAAGCUUUCUGAGUUGCUAUUGCCAGAUGCCAACAAGACAACCAAUCUUCCAAGCGACAAAUACGUAGAAACAAACAGUGGGAAAGUACAGACAGAUAACAAAAUUGCUAGAUUUGUGCCCAUGUUUGAGAAACAAGGUGAUGUUAGAUUUAUGUCUGAGUGUGAUCAUCUGGAACUGGUUGAAGCUAAUGUACACUCAAAUGAUUACCCUUCGAAUGUUUCGGAUGACUCACAGAAGCCUGCAGUCCCUGAAACACGAUCAGCUAUGGGAAUUUCAAGUGGCAUCCCAGGAAGGAAGAGCUCUGAAGUAAUUUCAGUUGAAUUGAGAAAAAACAUGGUUCCAGAUGGGGCUAUUGUAGAGACAAAAGCAGAUGAAUCUCAAAAUGUGGUCUUGAAUCGAGGAAAAUUGGUCACUGAGAUUAACCCAAUGUUGAUACAAGACGAACUCAUGAGGCUACGUACUCUCGUAAACUCACUUGUUAUUGGACCCUUUGCACUUGACCUUCAAGAGUUACCAUCCACAACAUUAGAUGUCUCAAGAGAUUCUGCUGCUCUGAAGGUUGCAGAUAAUCCCAAAGGACAGGAAUCUCAAAGUGAGGAUUCCCAGAGUAGUGCAAGUCCAGAUAGCUCUGCCGAGGAACUCUCCAUAAUUGAACAGCUCAGAGGAUUAUCAGAGAAGCUAGGGUCUGGGUGUACCUAUCCUGGAGAAGAUACGCCUGAUAUAAUAGAGAGAGCUCGGUCACUCUCUGAUCAUCUGGAGCAGGCUCAUUCCAGUGUCUAUUCCCCAUCCUUGGUAGAGGAGCUUAGAGAUCUCUCAAGGCAACUGGAUGCAUCCCAAUUCUUAACAGCUGAAAAAUGUGAGGAAGAGGAGCUUUGCUUUGCUCAGGACUGGGAAGGUGGUGAUAAAUCUGUGCUAUUUCAAAGUGCACAGGACUUGACACUCUAUCAGACUGCCUUUGAGGUAACGCAAGAAAAUCUCCACCCUACACCUGUUGGUAGCCUGUCACUUUCUCCUGUCCAAAUGCAGAGCACGCCAGUUCCCCAGGAAAAUGAUUGCACAGAAUUUGUGGGGAUAGUAAUAAGUCCAGUUGUUGACCCUGUGAUGUACCUUUCCAGACUUGAGAAAUCAGAAUCUGUUGGUGAUGAUGAUGAUGUAGUUUUCCUUAAGGAUUCAGAAACUCAGAAAUCAACAUUUGAUGUAAGUGAUGCAUAUGACAUUGACUCUCAACCUUCUGAUGAAGAUGGCGCAAUGGACACAGCUGAGCGUGUAAUAUCAGAGAUGUCAUCAUUUAGACUGCAGCUGGACAUUCUCAGUGGGAGUGACACCGUAGAUGACGAUGAUGAUGACGAUGACUCCUCUGAGGAUUCAAAUGGUGAACCCACCAAGGGAGCUAAUAAUAGCAGCUGUGUUGAAGAUCAGAAGAGUCAUGAACUUCCUCGCAAGACACGGCCUCCUCCCAGUUCAAGAAGCUCGCUGGAGUGCUUGCUUCCAACCAUCUCAGAGGAGUGUCUUUCAUCGUCUGACAUGGAUGAGCCUCACACCAAACCAACAGAGUCGUCACCCGUAGGAAGCACACAGAAGAGUGAGGAAGAGUUUAUGAAUCUCAUCCCUGAUGAUGAUACUGACACAUCUGGACAUCCGCCAGAGGUAGAAGACCCAGUCCACACUGUGCCUGGUACCUCAUUCCUGAACACUGACGAACAGAUUGACAGACUGAAUGAGCCAGCCAUUCCAAUAAGGUUCCUGACAGCUGUUUCAAAGAACCUCUCUGAUGGAGGUCAGCAAGAAGCAAGCAGCUUGGAAGAAGAAACUUUAUUUGAAAGCCAGUCAGCACAUAGCCAACUGUUGGAGUCAGAGCACCCUACUGUAGCAAAAGUGUUCGAACCCUUUGUUGGAAAGGAGUUUGCUGCUACCAAGGCCAAGCUUAAUAUGUUGGUCCGUGUACUUGGAGGCAAUUGGGAAUCCCUGGGAGAGACAUCGUCAGAAGGCUCGGGUGCUUCAUCUCCAGUCCAAAUUGAAUUUAGCAUCACCCCAAGAGAGCAGAGGACACCCACAGAUGAUGAGACCAGUGUCUUUGCCAUUAACGAGAGGAUUGAUAGCGAAGAUAGAAACUGCAACGUUUUCACUUAUGAUGAGUCUGCACAGACAGAUUGGCUGGAAGAACAGGACCUUGCCAGUCAAACGGAACCUGUGCAUGAUGACAUAUCAACUAUAUCUGAAUAUGCUGGUUUUCCUUGCAACUCAGCUUCAGGUGUGGUAUUUGCUGACAGAUUCACACAAACAACCCUAAGUCAGAAAAUACCAACUCCAACUGCCCUGGAUUUAUCACUUCAUUGUCAGAGCAAUGUAGGUGCUUCUCUGUUGCCUUCUUUGAGCUUAGUAUCUGUGUCUUCUCCAUCAUGGCCUCUCUGCCCCACUUCAGUUGAUGGAAACACAGACAACAUUACCAAAGAUAGACCAGCACCCCACUUCUUUGUAGAGCAUGACCAAUUGGAUUCUUAUCCUUCUUUGCCACAAAAACCAGAGACAGUCUUCCAUGGUGCCGAGCUUGUGCCACUAAAACAUGGAGAUUCAGCUUCUCUUGUUCCAACAUAUAGUGAGAAGUGGGAGGCUGACAGAACACUCACUGAAGUCAGUCAACCUGAUUCUUUGCAGCCUCCCUUGUCACUCUUGCCCUCAGAGCCGGUUGUAAUCAAAACCUCAGUUGUUUUGAAGAAUGAGAUCAUCCAUUUCCCUCCUCGUCAAGAGGAUGAGCCCACUCUCCAAGUUGUUUCUGAAUUUGUGGAACCUACUGCAGGUGAGAAUUACCCUUCAGAGGAAGCUAAAUGCAGUGAUCUGAAUGGAGAACAGACAAAUUCUCUGAAAGAUGAUGUUGAAAAGACCAGCUGUUCAGACGAGGUUCCUGUUGAAUUUUUGAGAAAAACAACAGUUGUUUUGAAAGAGACUCAAUUUGUGUGGCCCAGCUUGCCACAGAAAAUGUCCAUGAGUAGCACUGUUGAAAGUGUCCCAACAUUGCAUAAUAACUCAAAAGAGCCAGCCAUAAAGACCCCAGUUUCUCCAAACGAAAGGCCUAUGAGCACACCAUUGCAGGAACAUGAAGAAAGGAGGAAACUUUCCCCCAGUUCUGCUCUGGAAGAGCUAGUACUUGGAAAUGCAGAUGGAUCAAAAGAUGUCAGAUUGACAUCACCUUCCAUGGAGGACUCCAAGCUUAAAAUUUCUGAUGGUAACUCAAUGAAGGAAAUUCCUGAAAUCAGGCUACUUGGACCUGUCGAAGAGAUUUUUGUUAAGGAAGCUGUUACUGUAAGUGACAAACCAGUCACAUGGCCUUUGACAGACACAAACCCCACCGACAAACUACCGGGGCAAUCCUGUAAUCCAUCUGAUACAAACUCCUUGUUUCAACCCAUCAGAGAGGAGAGCUUGUCUGUUCAAUCAUCCAGUCAGAAUCCAUCAUCCGAUAAUUUGCUCCCUGAGGAUGAAUCCACUAAGUCUCCUGAGCAUAGCCAACAGUUGCAAAUUCAAUCGGAGCACAACGGAGGCGACACGAGCCUGAAUGAGUUGAAGGAGUUAUCCACAGCAAUGGGUCUCUCGCCGCAGAGAUCCUACAGCACGGAUGAGGAGCUCGUACAAAUUUUCUCCAAAGGAGUUGCUCAUUUUAGAAGUCGCAAGCAAGAGAUUGUCAAACCGGAGCUGAUUGCUGUCGCAACCAACACAACUCCAGUGAAGUUAUCAUUUGAUGGUCAUACUAAUAGAGUUGAUGCUGCUGUGAUGACUGAUGUAGAGAUAGAGCAGGCUCAUGCUUACACGAGUAUGUCACCUGACAUUGAUCAGGAACUGUGCUUUAACCAAACAACUGAAAUUAUUCCUGAACAUAUUACACCAUUUGCUCAGUUAACUGCAAGCCAGCUACUCAGUACAAUCGUGGAUCACAAACCCAAAAGCAUGCCAGUUCAGCAGACAAACAUUUCCAACAUUGAGAAUAUUAAUACACAGGCAGUUCUCAGCAGCCUACACGAGACUGAAUCACCAUCUGUUACUACUGCAUGCCAUAAUCCGGUGCUGAACCAUAAUGAUCUAGAACAGCAGAAUCAAGCGGCUGUAACUCCCUCAUCUGCGCAUCUUACGAAGUUCGAUGGUGGUCUUGAAAACAGUGCUAAACUAUAUGGUGUAACUGACUUUGAGACAUUGGAGCUUCCAUCAACAAAAAAAUCCCAGGGUACUGAAAAAUCUCAUGUUUCAGAGGACAGUACCCUUGAGGAUAGUGUUGUAGAUUUUUAUGAGGAGGAGCAGAAAUUGUUGAAUGAGCUAAGGAAGAGAACAUGCGCAUCCCAAAAGGCAGCUAAAAGAGCAAUGGCUUGUGCCCUUAAACUCAGAGCAAAGAACCUUUCUGAUCAACCACUAGAGGAAGCUCUACAUUUUACCACUGCCCCCAGUGACCAGCAAUCAGAAACUGAGAUUCCAAAAAUAAGACAAGAUGUAAGCAAACUCAAAGAUGGAUCAAACCAACCUGACUUUUGUCAAGAGAAUUUCACUAGCAGUGGACGGUCUGAACUGUUCAAGAAAUGUGAAGCUGAUGACAAAGCUUCAGCGCUUGAAGACCUUCAUCUGGUGAAUGAGAUUGUUAACCAGGAAAGCCUAUGUAACAUACUGCCACUGGAGGAGUUUGCUCAAAAGUUAUUCCAGCUUGUGAAAGAGGGUGGCAAGGAGCAGAUUUCACCACCUACAAAAAUGAUCUCCCGGGCCAGAAUCACUUUGUGGCAACUAAAUCAGGAGGAUUGUGCAACUGAUUCAGAAGACAGUUUAGACUUUGCUGUCCACUCACCUGCAAAUCAUGUUGAAGACCCAGCGGAAACACGACAUGGAGCCUCACCACAUUCUCAGCAAACAUCCCUUGGAGCGCAGGGUGAUGAUCCUGAAGAAACCAACUUAGAUCAGCAGUCACAGCUACCCUUACCCUUGGUCAGUGAAAAUAUCCAAAAAGAGGCUUGUUGUAGCACAGAUUUUGAUGGACUGGCUUUAAAAGUGGCCAAGUUAGAGUAUUUUGGACCUUCCUCAAAACCAACAGAACCCCAAGGUAGUUCAGAUGAGAAAAGUCCACCAGGAUUCCUUUUCAAAUCAGGAUUCCUCGCUGAGUGGCAUGAUACUGAGCCCGGCCAAGAAGACCUGUCAUUUCUUGGAAGUCUUCCUCAGGAAACAAUCAAAAAGUAUGUUCCAGCAUUUGAAGUUGAACUUGUGGGUCCAUCUGAACUUGUCCAGGAAAAGGCAAUCUGUGAUCCCAGCUCUAACGAUGUGAAGGAUAAAUUGGCAAAGCUGGCAGACAGCACCGAAGCUGAGAAUGAAUGCACUAACAAUGCUGCAGAGAUUGGAGCAACAGAAGACAAGAAGUCUCAUCAAAAUAAGGAAGAUGCAGCACCACCUGAUGAUAAGAGUGAUGGCAGUCAUACCAAACCAGAAGACUGCAUCCGAAGGAGCAGUUUGAAAACUCAGAGACCAUUACUCAGAGCUUUCUCUGACAUCAGCUUUGAUUUGGACAAUGACUUGGAUGAGGACCUGCGAGCUCUGAAAGAAACAAAUGAGAAACUCGACCGCAUCUUUGCGGAGACUUCAAGCCUUGAGUCUGAUUUUGAGGAUAAAGAAGAACCAGAGCUCGCCGGACUUGUUGAUGAGGAUGGUGAUUCUUUUAUCCCUCGGAGAUCAUCUGCUGAGGGUGGGACAUCCUUCAGCUCACGUCUAAUUGAGCAGCCUCAGAAAGCACAUUCAGCUCCAGCUGAUCUCAUCCACAAAAACUGUAGUGACGGGAAUAAUGAAGACCAUGAACAAGGGGAAGAGGAGGAAGAAGGAGAAAUAUCCUCCCUCUAUCUCCGAGGUAUCCUGAUUUCACCAGGGAAGUUGGAGUGGCUUCUUGCUGACUCAGAGUCUGGAAACAGUAGUUCCAGAUCAUCACCAAACGAAAAGAGGGAUUCUCCCAAAAUGCACAAAGGGCUAAAUGGCAUGGAAAUAGAACAUUCAGACAUUGAAGGGCCACAACCAUCAACGAACGCCCUGUCAGAGCAUGAUAAUGGAAAACCUGCGUCAAAGUCAUGUCUUAACGAAACAUAUGAAGCUGACACUGGAGAUAACAACACUCAAGUGCAAUUGCAAAUAAGUAAUGAGAAGAUUGACGAUCCAUUAACAGAUCAGUGCAACUCAGAAACUGAUAAUCUGCAGAGACCAGCUGAGGCAUUUCCAAAGAAGGAUUUUACCUUUUCUUCAGCCAAAAGUGAAAUACCAUGUAUAGCUGACACAGGUGAUCUGCUUGCAUUAGCCAACUCCAAACCAUCCCUGCAUACAUGGCCUUUGAAAAAAUCUAGAUACCAACCUGGUGAAAUGCCACCAUCUCAAGAGCUGAAGAAAGAAAUUCAGUACCUGAAAAAAGGGCAAGCAGGCAAUUUUGAGAUCCCUGUUGGCUUAGUGGCUUAUCCACUUCUCAAACCUCAAAAGGAUGCAAAGGAACCUGACAGUGAAGGCCCUGAUGAGGAGAGCAAAGUGACAGCUGAUGUUUUCGAUAACAGUUUAACCCAAAGCAGUGGAAUAUUCAGUGCGAGCACAAGAGAUACUGAACUGUCAUAUUUGAGGGAGAGAAGACUUUCCUCAGAGCAGCUCGGCAGCUCUAGUUCUGAAACUGAGGAUGCUGACUUGAGCAGGAUUCAUGAGGAAUACCUUAACAUCUUACAGGAUAAUCAAGAAGCUGGGCUACAGCCUUCAACAAGUCCUGAGUCCACACCCACAAAUAUUUUUACCAAAACUGAUGAGGAAUCUCCUUUCGGCAGUAGCGGUCAGGAUGAGAGCUCUGAAAAAGAUCCAGCAACCAAUUCAGGAAAUGUCCAGCUUGGAGCCUCCUGGCCACGCAGGGUGCCCAUCAGCACAAAGCUGGACUCAAGGAGAGAUAUUGCUGUUGAGCUGAUGGAAGCUAGUUUGAUGUAUGGCAUAGGAGAGACAGAUGCUUUCCUGAAGUUCUUGGAAAGUGACUUGCCUCUUGAGGAAUGGAAGUCCCCACAGAUUACUCUCAGGCAUCGUCGCAGCCAAAGCGCGGGUACUCCUUUGUUAGAUGCAGAAUUGUCAAGACAUGAUCCAAGCCCAAGCAAGAAGAAACCUCGCCAGAUGAAACACAUCCCCCCACAGCCAACAAGUCUCAGAUCAGAAACAAACAGCAAAAGUACUGGUAGCUCUCCAGUCCCUCUUCUCGAAAAACCCGGAGACAGUCCAGCAUCUCCAAGUCCAUCCCCAAAUGCUCUGCCAAGUCAGCGUCGCAAGUUUCUCCAGCAGCUCAGAAGCAACAUUGUAUCAGCAACCUCCACACAGAGACCAGAGAGAGCUAAGAUAGAUGCUCUCCUGCAUGAGUCCUGGAUGAGAAAGGAUCCAAGAUCCACUGACUCAGAGCAGAAAAGGAAGCCUGGCCUGAACGCCGAUGAUAUAGAAGCACUGCUUGAGGAGUCCAGACAUAUGAGAGAAAAAUCCAGGGCCGAGAUUGCAAAAGCUGAGGAGAACUUAAGCCAUGCAAAACCCAUCUCAAGACAAGACAAGGACGGUAGAGAUACCCUUACUGCCUCUCAGCAGCCCUCAUCUCCAACAGAUAGACUUAAGGAGAGGCUUCCUGUAGAGUACUGUAGCAGUGUCGUUAGAGAGGACGGAGCCAGUACCGGUGCUAGACCAAAAUCAGUAGGGUCUUCUUUGAGCAGCAUGCAGAGACUUGGGGCCCAGAAUGGAAUGGAAAACGUUGCGAACCAUCAUCAAGGAAGCUACGGUACCACAAUGAAACACAGAAGACCACACAGUGCGCAUGAAUCACUGGAUAUGUAUAACUGUUCGGAUGCAAUUGAACGGGAAAUCCAGUGUCUCCGUGCAGCAUCUGCCGCCAUGAGCUCCAGAUCCCCCAAUCGGUCCCCGGACCUCCCUUCCUGGAGAUCACUACCCCUUAAUACACACCGCCACACACAGCCAUCGCCACCCCCUCUACAGAGGCAUCUUCCUUCUUGUGACCGUGACGCAUCACGUCACGCUUCUCCAAGCUACCAUUUUCUCAAUGGAGAACCAGCAAGACCAAAUCAGGGUGCUGCAUCUUCACAAACAAGAUCUCCGCAUCCCCUUGCCAUUCCACUCAUCGCAUUACAUCCACCCUCCCCUGAGGAGGUAGAUCCAUCCUCCAUCCCAGCCAUUGCUCGUGCCAAUGAGGUCCUCCAGGCUAGCUACAGGAGCUCCCGAAGUUCCAGCUCCCAAGCCUGGGACGCUCCCCCAGUUGCAUCUGGACCGUUGCAGUCAUCAUCGUCUGAUCCGCCGGUGCCGUCUUUGCUGUGGGGGGAAAGGACGGAGGCCUCUGAAAUUCCCGGCACCCAGACCAGCCCCAGAUACUCGGUAAGAGCUUCCAUGAACCAGGAAGGGACUCGGGAGUCAGCCUCAUCUCCGAAGUUAUUGCCUGCACAAUCGUCGCGCCCAUCUCUAGCCAAGAGGAGGGACAGGUUAGACUCUCCUGAGGCUCAACCAGUCAAGGAUUCCAUCAGUUCCCCACCUAGACGAUCUGGAAGACACAGCAGGCACAGCAGCCAGGAGAGAUUGACCCAAGACUUGCCCCCAAUUAUUGAGACUCCUCUCGUCACAUUGGACACACUCUAUCACCUAGCCGCUGAUCAGGCUAUGGCUCACUUGAUCAGAGAGACGACUUUGAUUGGUAAAGCAGAUGCCAAGGAAAGAGAGCACACUGCAGAGCAAAAUGGGUGGAGGUAUCAAAGGCAGGAAAAAGACAUUGUUUUGUGGCAGAAGAGCACUAAAUAUUGCUCUUUUGACAGUUUUCUUGGCCUGAGUGUACUGAAGGCUCCAGCACAGACCAUCUUCAAUCUCAUCAGCAACUCUGCAAGAUACAGCUGCUUGCAUGAAGCCAUUACAAAUGUAAAGCUACUUGAGUACAUAGAUAACACGGUGAAAGUUGCCUGCAUACUCUGUGAUACCGACAAAUGUUCCCUUCAAAAGUCACGUGACUUCUGUUGUGUGAUUAAGCAAACAUUUCAGGAUGGUAAAUGGUACAUCGCAGCAACAUCUGUAAACCACCCCUUGUGUCCUACAGUGUCUUCAGCUGUUAGAGGACAGAUUCUCUGUUGUGGGAUAUCCAUGGAACCAGUUUUAACAGAUGAUGGUGAACACUGCAUGGUGUCCUAUUUAUCACAGAUUGACCUCCAAGGUGACCUCAAACCAACUCUUGUCAACCACCUGACCAGCCAACUGCCGCUAUGUCUUGCACACCUGCGAGGCUGUGUUGAAAUCGGACAACUGUAAUCAGCCAGGGUUUUCAAUCUACUCCAGUCACUGCUUCCUGUCUCGUUCUGGACCCGUCAUCGGGUCUGCACGAGUAUCCACUUUGAAGCUCACACCAAAGCUACAGAUCAUGUUGUCGACACUUGUGAGUGCAUCCCCUCCUUGAUAUCAAAAGCUGUCACAUAUUCGGUGACAUUUAUGUCACUUAUCAUGGUUAAUAAGGGGCAUGUAUUGCUUGGCUAUUUGCACUGAUAUCAUGCCCCUUUGACUGUUUUUUUUUCUCCUUGACUCCACUGAAACAAUCUGUUCUACAGUCAAAACAGAAUGGACUCUACAUGUCUACCUGUUAGGGGCAAAGUCAGUUUGGGGCGAGGGGUCAGUAUUACUGCUAAAGGGAUGGAGGGGGAGGUCAACAGUCACAUCACUGCCAAAGACAAAAUGCCAAAUAUGAAGCCCAGUCCAAAUGCCUAAUCAUGUGUUUGAUUCCUCCGUGGCCUAACCUUCAGUUUAGACUGGCAUACCAGAGUUGUGCUGAACUAAUCUAUUCCAGAGAUGUGAAUUAAGUACAUGAGUAGUUUGAAUUAGGAGUGACCACUCAUGGCAGGAUGUUAAAAGAUUAACUAGUGCACUCAUUCAGAAUGACUUUUAAAUGCCUUGGUUUCAGAUGUCGCUCAUUUUGCAAGCUGAACUCAAGCAGGGCAAAUAUAUAUAAAUGUGAUCCACCAUCCCCAAACCAGGCUGAAGUCGAUAUUUGUGAUGUUGGACAAUUCCUCUCUUUCAGCUUUUUUUUCCCCUUUAAAGUGAUCCAUGUUCUCAUCGAAACUCUGCCUGCAGUGAGCUUAUUACGGAAAGUGAUAGCUGUAAAACACCCAUGAAAAUCUGAACAGUGGAAGUUCCACUAUUUUAAGGUUAUGAAGUUAACUACAUGUACUUCAGCAUGGUUUGGGAUGGUCGGUCACAGAUAUAUGUUAACUAGUAUGUUUGACCUUUAGUAUCUCUAAAUCCGCAGGCAGUGUUGGCAUUAUGGAUGCCAUGGCCGAUGUAGACUUGUGAAUAUAAGCGAUGUAAAUGAUAAGGAUGAUGCAGUUCUGUGGUUUUCAUUGAAAUCCUGUUACGCAGACAGAAAUUUAAUUAACUUUUGUGGUGGGCUAUGUUAUGUUGGAACUACUGCCAGGUUAUAAUGCCUGCCUUCAUCCACGCUCUCUCCUUUUAUCUGUGCU